AUGGUAGACUUUGAUCCUAGUACACAUCCUCAUCGGCGCUUCAACCCGCUCACGAACGAGCACGUUCUUGUUUCUCCGCACCGUACGAAGCGGCCAUGGCAAGGUCAAACGGAACCUCCGCAAACCACGAAGCUGCCGGAUUACGACCCCAAUUGUUACCUCUGCCCGGGCAACUCCCGCGCCGGUGGACAGAAGAACGAAACUUACACCAGUACGACGGUAUUCGAAAACGAUUUCGCUGCUGUGUUACCUGGUCCAGCUCCUGCACCGCCAAGCGCGCCUCACCCCCUGUUGUCCACUGAGCCCGUCAGUGGAGGAUGCGACGUUUUAAUCUUCCAUCCGAGGCAUGACCUCACACUGGCAAGACUGGAAGCCAAGGAUAUACUACUCAUCAUCGAAGAAUGGACGCGGGUGUAUGUUGGUCGUGGUGCCCAAGAAGGAAUUGAGUACGUCCAGAUCUUUGAGAACAAAGGGGCGAUGAUGGGCUGUUCGAAUCCUCACCCUCAUGGUCAAGUUUGGUCGCUAUCCGCAAUCCCAACUCUUCCCGCUAUGGAGCUAGCGAACUUGAAGAAGUACUCAGUCUCAGACGUCGCUCCGUCAUCGGCCCCAAAAGGCCCGGAGGGACGCCCUUGUCUUCUAUGUGAUUACGCGAAUUUCGAGGUUGGCGUUGCCGAGGACGAAGGCCGCGUCGUAGCCAAGAAUGAACACUGGGUGGCCCUUGUGCCUUGGUGGGCGACUUGGCCUUUCGAAGUUUUGAGCAUGUUGGCUUCUUCUCAGCCUGUGUUCUAUGCUGAACGUCACUUUCAUCCAGUGCUCCCAUACAGGCGCCAUGUUCCAUCUCUUCUACACCUCACCGCCGAAGAGAAUGCGUCAUUUGCGCAGAUUAUCUCGCGCCUCACGAAACGCUAUGACAACCUCUUCCAGUGCUCAUUCGCGUAUUCCAUGGGCAUCCAUCAACGGCCUGUCCCACCUAGCGGCGUUACGCUCGAAUCGCUAGCGGAAUUUGACGGUGUGUCAAGCAAUGGUGAACAAGAUAUCGCCCAUUUGCACCUGCAUUUCAGCCCUCCGCUCCUGCGCAGCGCCAGUGUGCGGAAGUUUUUGGUUGGGUUCGAAAUGAUGGGCGAGCCACAACGAGAUUUGACUCCGGAACAGGCUGCCGCGCGCCUGCGCGCGUGCUCAGAAGUGCACUACCUUGACGCGCAUGCUGAUGGUGUUUCCGAGUCCUAG